AUGCCUGGGGCUUCCUGUAAGGCUGUUGGCCCUGCUGACACGGAGCCUGCAGAUGGCAUGGGCUGCUGGCACCUGCCCGGAGAGACAAGACACUCUGCACUAGAGCCAAGGGAGCGGGCUGGGGACGUUUGGAGAAAACGGAGCCUGGUUGGGGGGCUGGGCCUGGGGCUCCGCCGCACCGGUGGCCGAGGCUGGGCUCUUGGCCGGUGUGUGCCCCGGUCUGACCCUGUAGAGCCUCGCACCUGCAGGAAGGAAAGACUUUCUAGGCCUGCCCAGAGGAAAUGUCUGGCCCUGAAACAGACCCUGGCCGUGGUGGCGUCUGAGUGCUCCAGGAACGGAUCACGUUGGCCCUCGGCCACUGUAGGCACUGACCGCUGGGGGCAGGGGGGCCUAGGCUCGGGGAGGUCUGGGCUCGGGAGCCCGGUGGGGCCGGGGGGCGGCUCCUGGCCUCAGCGAGGUCGGGCAGGACAAAGAAGUCGAACCACUCCAGGAAACGGCUUCUUUUCCCACAUUCGCCAGAGCCGGGGAGCGGCCCCUCCCCCACAGGGGGCCCCAGGACCGGUGGGCGGCGUCGGAAGGAGGCGGGGGACUGGGGGCCGGCGCCCGGUUGGGGGGGGGGCCAGCGCGGGGGGAGGCGGACGAGGAGGAGAGGAGGAGGAGGGGCAGGGGCCGCUGAGUCUGGAGCGCCGGCGCCGCCCGCGCUCGCUCGGACGGGCUGUCGGUCGGGGUGACCCUGCCGGAGCCGGCCCCGCCCCCAGGCCCGCGGACGGACGGACGGCCGAGCGGAGCGGCCGGGCGGGCGGACUACAAGUCCCAGCAGCUCCCGCUCGGCUCGGGCUCGGACUCGGGGCGGCGGGAGGCGCCGGGCGGCUGGCGGGGCGGGCGGGCGGCCGAGGCCGGAACCCUGGGAACGGGGCCGCGAGCUGCGUCCUCCAGGCGGGCGGGGUGUGCGCCCGGAUGGAGAGAGGGGAGGUGAAGCCGCGGGGCCGGGCCCCCAGGGAGACCCUGGACAGCGACAAAGAAGACGGCUGCAUCUUAAGCCCAUAUGCAGAUGUGGUGGACAGUCCAGUCCCAGACAGAGCCCCCAGUCCAGAGGGCUCUCUGGACAAUACUCCCAGCCCUGAAGGCCCCUUCCCUGGCCCAGACAGGACCCCCACCCCUGAGGGCCGCUUCCCCACUCCAGAGGGUGCUCCUUCACCUGCCAGCCCUGGCACUAGCCCUGGGCCUGAGGGCCUCAAAGGCUUUACCUAUUCCCCCAAAGGCCUCCCUGACCCAGAUGGUGCCCCUACCUCUACUCAGUCUGGUCUCCUAGUCCAGGACAGCAACUUCAGCACUGGGGGCUUCCUCCCUGGUUUUGAAGGCUUUGUCCCUGGGCAGGAAGGCAGCCCAGGAUUGGCAAACCUAGUUCCUGGGGCAGCAGGCUCUGGCCUUUCUGGCAUCAGUGUUGUUGCCGGCGGUGCCCCUCGGCCACCCAGCCCACCUCGGCCCUUCCACUGCCCGGACUGUGGGCGUUCCUUCCGUCGAAGCUCAGGGCUGAGCCAGCACCGUCGCACACACAGUGGGGAGAAGCCAUAUCGAUGCCCUGACUGCGGCAAGUCUUUCAGCCAUGGAGCCACGCUGGCCCAGCACCGUGGCACACACACUGGUGCUCGCCCCUACCAGUGUAGUGCCUGUGGCAAGGCCUUUGGCUGGCGCUCCACACUGCUGAAGCACCGGAGCAGCCACAGUGGUGAAAAACCACACUUAUGCCCACGAUGUGGCAAGGCUUUCAGUCACGGCUCGCUGCUCGCCCAGCACCUACGCACCCAUGGUGGUGCCCGCCCCCACAAGUGUCCAGUCUGUGGCAAGGGUUUCGGGCAGGGCUCGGGCCUGCUCAAACACCUGCGUACACAUACAGGUGAGAGGCCCUAUUCUUGUCCCCAGUGUGGCAAGGCUUUUGGGCAGAGUUCAGCCCUCUUACAGCACCAACGCACACACACAGCUGAGCGCCCCUAUCGCUGCCCCCAUUGCUCCAAGGCCUUUGGCCAGAGCUCCAACUUGCAGCACCACCUUCGCACACACACUGGUGAGCGGCCUUACGCCUGCCCUCACUGCUCCAAGGCCUUUGGCCAAAGUUCUGCCCUCCUGCAGCACCUCCAUGUGCACUCUGGCGAGCGUCCCUACCGCUGCCGAAUCUGUGGCAAGGGCUUUGGUCAGGCCUCCAGCCUCACCAAGCAUCGACGGGUCCACGAGGGUGCCCAGAGUGGCCUCUAUGAUGGUGUCCAGGGAGGCAUCUAUGAGGGGAUGCAGAAUCAUGCAGCUGUCUUUGAAACCCUUCAGGAGAAUAUCUACAAGGACAUCCAGGAGAGUACUCAGGGAAACAUCUAUCAGAGUGUCCAAAAUGAAGUCUAUGAGGUGGUCCAUGAUGAUACGUAUGAGGAGAUGCAGGAGGGCAUUCGUGAGAAUGCCCAGGAUGAUGUCUUCCAAGGGGUCCGAGAUGAUAUCUACAAGAGUGCCCAGAAUGAUGCCUAUGAUGGCAUCCCAGAUGAUAUGAACAGAGAUGCCCAGGACAGUGUGUAUGGGGCUGAUGGAGAUGAAGUUUAUGAGCGAGUCCAGGAUGACAUCUACGAAGGCAUCCGGGAGACCUCUGCUGGGGCACCCUCCACCCUGCCUUCUACUCGUGAUGAGGACAAUGAAGAUGACUAUGGUGGUGGUGACUAUACUGAAGAAUACGAUGAUGAUGCCACCUUUGGAGGUGGUGACUAUGGUGAUGAGGACAAUGAAGAUGACUAUGGUGGUGGUGGUGGUGGUGGCGGCGUUGGCUAUGGUGAAGAAUUCAAUGAUGAUACCACCCUUGGAGGUGGUAACUAUGGUGAUGAAUUUGAUGAUGAUGCCACUUUUGGAGGUGGUGACUAUGGUGAUGAAUUUGAUGAAGAUGCCACCUUUGGAGGUGGUGAUGAAUUCGAUGAUGAUGCCACCUAUGAAGGUGGCAACUAUGGUGGUGGUGACGGUGAUGGCAACAGCGAUGUCGAUGGAGAUGACUGAAGUUCCCUUGCCUAGGGGCCCACCUGGGGACAAGGGGAAGAGUCAAUGCUAGGGCCUGAGGGGUGAGGGCAGGAUU